AUGUUAAAAAAUAUUCUUACGAUUUUCAUUACGAUUUUUGUAAUUCUUUUGGCUGUUUCUUACAAAUCGUUAUACGAUUCAUAUAUUCUUCUAGGAUUUUCACGAGCGCCUGUUAAGUCCUAUGAUGGCGGAAAAUGCAGAAGGAUAGAAGAUGUUGAAGCUUGCGAAGAUAUUCAUAUUCAUCACCGAACCGGAUACGCUUUUAUGGCUUGCGGAAGCGAGUAUGAAAGACUUCAUGGUUAUUUCCCACCAAUCGAUAUUUUUAACAGUUCUCACCACAUAAGAGAUACUCCCCAAAUUUAUGAUAUCAAUAAAGAUAAUUUUAUUCCACUUGUUCUAAAAAAUUAUCCACCUGAAGAAGACUUUAUAUCUCAUGGGUUCGGCAUUUACGAAGAUCCUGAAAAUGAAAAUAAAUUAUACAUGUUCUUCAUCAAUCAUAAAAAAACCGGAAGCGUUGUGGAAAAGUUUGAACAUAUUUUACAUACAAAAGAAUUAAUUCAUUUGGAAACCAUUGAACAUGAAUUAAUCAAAACUCCAAAUGAUGUAGUUCCCGUUUCAAAACAUGAAUUUUAUUUUACUAAUGAUCAUUAUUAUAGACAAGGUUUUUUGAAAAUUAUUGAAAGAUUUCAUUCAUCAAUUACGAAUGAAACUAAAAUUGUCGUUGAUGGAUUACGAUAUGCGAAUGGGAUUAACACGAAUUGGGAUUACUCUCUUAUUUAUGUUUCUGCACCAGGUGGUGGUGAAGUAAAUAUAUACGAAAGAAACAAGAAUAGUAACGAACUCAGAUUAAAAGAGAGAAUAUUCACAGGAUAUCUGGGUGAUAAUAUUAGUGUUGACGAUAUAACCGGUGAACUUUAUCUUGCUAUAUUAAGAAUUAGUAAUAAUACCGAAGAAGAUAAAUUUUAUGGCGUAAAUUAUUCUAAAAAAGUUAUUUUGGAAGAUGAUGGAAAUUUGUAUAAUAUGGCAUCGGUUUCUGCUGUGGAUAGAAAAAGAAAUGUUUUGCUUGUUGGCUCUUUCGUUGCUAAGGGUAUUUUAAGAUGUGAUGGCUUAGAACUAUAA